UGUGUAUUUUGGCUUCUCUAUUCCACAUGAAGUAAAAUGAAUGCCCGACUGAUUCCAUUUAGAAUGUUGAAGCUACAAAUAAUGAGUGUUAACAUAUCAUGUUUGGUUAGUCACAAUCGAAGAGCUUUUACGACAUUGAAGAUACAAUUAAGAUCAUUCUUCGCAAGUAGUAAAACAUGUGACCCUAAGAAUUUCAACGACUAUGAAUCUAUCAAACAGGAAUACAAACCAGAAGUGCCAGAAUACUUCAAUUUUGCAAAUGAUGUCCUUGAUAAAUGGAGUGGAAUUGAAAAGGUUGAAAACAGAGAUUCAAAUCCUGCCUUCUGGUGGCUGAGUGAACAUGGGCAAGAAGUGAAAUGGAGCUUCCAGGACCUUGAAGUCCAUUCUAAGAAAGUGGCCAAUGUCCUGUCAGAUGCUUGUGAUCUACAAUUAAAGGAUCGAGUUCUUGUUAUCCUGCCCAGAGUUCCAGAAUGGUGGCUUAUAAACAUAGCAUGCAUCAGAACAGGUACUGUACUGAUCCCUGGUACAACCCAGUUAACAGCCACAGAUAUUUUACACAGGCUUCAAGCCUCCAAAGCAAAAUGCAUUGUUACAGAUGACAGCCUGGCAGAUGCUGUAGAAUCAGUGAUGUCCAAGUGCCCUUCCGUCAAAGCAAGGGUAGUUGUAUCACAAAAACAUAAACAGGGAUGGAUGAACUUCCAGGACCUUUUCCGAAAUGCAUCAGAUGACCACAAAUGUGCAAAAACCAAGAGUGUGGACCCGAUGGCUAUUUUCUUUACCAGUGGAUCUACAGGAGCUCCAAAAAUGGUCCUACAUACUCAAUGCAGUUAUGGAAUAGGCCAUAUAAUGAAUGGAAGGUACUGGUUGGAUCUCACUCCCUCUGAUGUGAUAUGGAAUACCUCAGACACUGGCUGGGUUAAGUCUGCAUGGAACAGCUUCUUUGCGCCUUGGAUUCAAGGAGCCUGUGCUUUUGUCCAUCAGAUGCCACGGUUUGAACCCAAAGCCAUAUUGGAAGUUUUAUCCAAGUACCCAAUAACAACUUUCUGUUGUCCACCCACUGCAUAUCGUAUGCUUGUACAGAAUGAUCUUACCAGUUACAGAUUCAGAAGCCUCCAGCACUGUGUAACUGGUGGUGAGCCCAGCAGCCCUGAGGUAAUGGCCAAGUGGAAAGAAGAGACAGGCUUAGACAUCUAUGAAGGAUAUGGCCAGAGCGAAACCGUCUUGCUCUGUGCAACAUUCAAAGGCAUGAAAAUUAAACCUGGUUCAAUGGGGAAGCCGGUUCCAGCAAUUAACGUGCAAAUUAUUGAUGAAAAUCACAAUGUGGUUCCUCCUGGAGUGGAAGGUCAAAUUGCUAUUCAAAUGAAGCCUGUUAGACCUCUUGGCCUCUUUUCUGGAUACAUUGUACAGUAAUCAUAUUUUAAAUAUCUAACUGAAAGCUGUAAU